UCCGCCGGAAGUCAGCUCUAGCCCGGGGUCUUCCCCCCCCCCCCAUUGCUGGUUGAGCCGGAGCCACCCUGUAACCGUGGGACCGGGGCCGCUGGGGUCCGGACAGGGGUCACCAUGAUCCGCUUCAUUCUCAUCCAGAACCGGGCGGGCAAGACGCGCCUGGCCAAGUGGUACAUGCAGUUUGACGACGAUGAGAAGCAGAAGCUGAUCGAGGAGGUGCACGCCGUGGUCACCGUCCGAGAUGCCAAGCACACCAACUUCGUGGAGUUCCGGAACUUUAAGAUCAUCUACAGACGCUACGCGGGCCUCUACUUCUGCAUCUGCGUGGACGUCAAUGACAACAACCUGGCCUACCUGGAGGCCAUCCACAACUUUGUAGAGGUCUUAAACGAGUACUUCCACAAUGUCUGUGAACUGGACCUGGUGUUCAACUUCUACAAGGUUUACACAGUGGUGGAUGAGAUGUUCCUGGCAGGCGAGAUCCGCGAGACCAGCCAGACGAAGGUGCUGAAACAGCUGCUGAUGCUGCAGUCCCUGGAGUGAGGCCACCUGGCCCCCGCCCGCCGCCCCUGCUCGCUGCUCCCUUCCAGGCCUGGGACCCCCCACCCCAGCCGCCCUGCCCUCAGCUGCCCGGGGGGCAAGGCUGCACCGGAGGAGACCCCAGCCCUGUGUGUGCCAGUAAACUGCCUCGUCGUGUGAUGCUGUGUGAGCCUCCAAUAAAUCCAGGUCCCACCUGGC